AUGGCAGAUGCAACUAAUGUCUUUAAGGGAGUGGACCUCCGCUGUGAGGCCAACAACUCUGAACACCACACCAGUGUAAUCUCAAAGAAUGAGCUGAUUGUGAGGCGAGGCCAGCCCUUCACCCUUUCCCUGACUCUGACGAAACCUUUCAACCAAGACCAACACCCACUCGUCAUCUCUGCAAAGACAGGAAGAAGGCCAUCCGAGGAACAGGGGACAGCAUCGCUCUUCGGUAUCCCAGAUGCGGAGCGUUCACCAAAAGCAAAGGCGGUGUGGAAGGCAGAGCUUCACAAGGACUCCACCCCACAGAAGGGCAACCUGAUGCUCACCAUCACCCCCCCAGCUGACUGCCCCAUAGGAGAGUACAUCUUGAAAGUUAAACACAUGAAUGAGGAAAUGUCACUGGCAAAGGUGGUGGUGCUCUUCAACCCCUGGUGUCCUGAUGACAGUGUUUACAUGAAGGAUGCGGCAGAGAUACAUGAGUAUGUGAUGAAUGAACAUGGGAGCAUCUACAAAGGAAGUAUUAACUACAUCAUGUCUGCAAUCUGGGACUAUGGACAGUUUGAGGACGACAUGGUGCCAAUUUGUUUGAGGAUAUUGGACCUCAACAGUGAACAUAAGAAAAACCCAAGUGCUGAUGUUUCUGCUCGCUCAGACCCCACUUACGUUGGCCGCGUGGUCAGCGCCAUGGUCAACAGUAGUGAUGACGACUCUGGUGUCCUGUUUGGAUGCUGGGAUGGUGAAUAUAGGGGCGGAGUCAACCCCUCUUACUGGAGUGGCAGUUACGCCAUCCUUAGACGCUGGUACAACUCUGGCAGCAACCCGGUCAUGUACGGGCAGUGCUGGGUGUUUGCUGGUGUGAUGUGUUCAGUGAUGCGCCUGCUGGGCAUCCCCACCCGUGUGGUCACCAAUUUCAACUCUGCCCACGACACUGACGGGAAUAUGCUCAUCGACAAAUACCACUAUGAAAACAAGCCUUCAGUAUCAUAUGACAUGAUCUGGAACUUCCACGUGUGGGUGGAGUCAUGGAUGAAGAGGCCAGACCUGUCAAAGGAGGGCAGAUUUGACGGAUGGCAGGUUCUAGAUGCAACACCACAGGAGAAAAGUAAAGGUAUGUUCCGCUGUGGUCCAGCCUCCGUCAAAGCCAUCCUUGAGAAACAGACGGACCUCAAAUAUGACAUGUCUUUUGUCUACGCUGAGGUCAAUGCCGACUGUGUUGACUGGCUGAUCAGACCUGGCUUACCAACCUUAAAGCUCUCCACUGACAGUCAGACAGUCGGUCAGCAUAUCUCCACCAAGGCUGUUGGCUUUGAUAUGAGAGUGGACAUCACUGACACCUACAAAAGAGACAAAGUAGCCCUCAGAAACGCUAUCACCAGAGACUACUGCAGAGAUGGUAGAAAUGUGACAACGUUGGCGAAUGCAGAGAUGGAGGAGAUUGGAGAAAUGGAAGAGGUAAAACACACUAUCGAAACUGAGGAGGUGAUAGGGGGCACCGAGGAUGAAGGGACAGAGGAGGCAGGCGAAGAGAAAGAGAUCGAGGACGACACUGAGUGUAGAGGGAUGGCGGUGAACACGGCGGUGAGAGUCGCAGCAGGAACCAUCCCCCCAUCUCCACCAGUGACCAUGCAGUUUUUGGAGGUGACACCACCGAUUAGUGGUAAGGAUGUGCAAUUGAGGCUGCUGCUGCGGAGCAGGGUUGUCAGGAACCUGUCUGUACACAUCAGUGUCCAAGCCAGGAGGUACAACGGUUCAUCAUCUGUGGUGAUCCAGAGAGAGGAGAAGGAGAGGACACUGAACCUUGGGAAAGCUCUGUCAAUCCCUAUCCGGAUCCCGUUCUCAACCUACUUUGAACACAUGAGGCUGUAUGACAGCAUGGAGGUUUUGGUCAUGGCCAUGGACAAAGAGAAUCCAGAUGACGUAUACCUGGCUCACAACAACGUCGUGCUGCUUGACCCUUCCAUCUCCGUCAAGGUCACCAGUAGGACCAAAGUGGGGCGCAGGGCAGCAGGGGAGUUGGUUUUCGUUAACCCAAUCAACAUACCACUGACGGAGUGCAAACUGACUCUCUCUGGAGGUGGCCUGUUCAAAGAGGAGGUGGACAUCAAGCUUCCAGAUUUGCAGCCAAAAACCCGAAUUCGUGCCAAGUUUCCUUUUGUUCCCUACAAGGCCGGUAUGAGGAUUCUUGUGGCCACCUUCCACUGCUCUUCCCUCAAAAUCAUGAAGUCCAGCUGCCAUGUCAUUGUCGAGCCAUAGAUUCUCAGUAUUGCUGAGCAAGAGUCACAUUCGAGAGCUCAGAAAAAAAGGCAGAUUUAUAACUCUCUCUGAGGAAGAGUCAUUUUUACUUCAUUCAGUAAUUUCUAAAGGACAGCAUUAGCAUGUUGGUUUUAAUCAAAUGUGGGUACAGGGGAUAGACUGUAUAAAAGAAGCGACGUGGCCACCAUGACGCAUCUGUUUGUGGACUACAAAGCCUCGAGUCUUUUGGCUGUUGCCAUCUUGUUUUUUUGAAGCCAGAGGUGACCGUAUUUGGACAACAGGGUGGAGCUGUCAAACACAUUGUUGAUGCAUUGCUGCGCCUCCAUCCUGAUUGACAGAUCGGAAUGGCAGCGUCUUGUCAAUCACAAGGUAGUCAUCUCCUAAAGCGUACCCUACUUUAUAAUUUAUAUUACUCUAAUUAGGACCAUAGACGAAGACUUGCAACUACCGAUUAGGACCAUUAACUAAUUUGGAAAAAUGUUUACUGGGUCAAUAAAUCAAUU